AUGGCUUCAACCACCCUGGGAGCACUCAAGCAGGAAUAUGCCGAAGAUCAGAUCAGGGUGGCCUCGAUGGGGGCAAUCCGCAAGCCAGACGGCAGUGUGCGUCCAGUGCACGAUGGCACGCACGGUGUGCGCGUGAAUCAGGAGAUACAGCAGCUCAACUUGUUAGCAGUUCUAGGACCGGCCGAGGUAGCGUGGAUGGUGCGGCAGGCGCACGAGCAGAAGGAGCCACCUUUUGCCAUCACUGGAGACGUGGCGGCUGCGCACCGCUUGGUACGGAUAAGAAGGCAAGACUGGAGCCUUCUUGCCUGCAGAGCAGAGAGCGAGAGCCCCACCUUGUUCAUAAACAAGGUGGGGACGUUCGGCAUAUCGUCCGCAUCCCUGUGGUGGAGCCGCCUCUUUGGGAUCGUGGGCCGCAUGGUUGGACGUGCCAUGUUGAAUCGUUUCCUUUACCAGUUCGCCUUCGUGGAUGACCUUCAUGCAAACUUCUUUGGCCCGCGGAAGCAUGUCAAUGCAUUGCUUUGGUUGGUCCUGUACCUCAUGGAAGCACCCUACUUGUUUGAUGAAGAAAACCGCUCUCAGUGGGCUUCUGCGUCAGCAGAGUUGCUAGCCACACUAGCCGCGCUAUUUCUGUUCGGACAUUUGGAACCGGCCGCUCGCCUGAGACACUUCCCGGUUGUUGUUCCCGCAGUGACUGAUAACAGGGGAAACGAGUCCCUGGCUCGCAAACAGAGCACCACCAAGUGGCCACUCAUGCUCAUCAACAUUCAACUCUCGCACUUGUUGAUGAAGGCCAUGCUGAAGCUUGAUCUGCAAUGGCGUCCCCGUGAAGAAAACCAAGACGCGGAUGACUUGACAAAUCAGAGGUUCCAGAACUUUGAUCCUGAUAAGAGGGUUGAUUGUAAGGCUUGUGAGUUGCCUCUUGGCUUGUUAAACAAGCUUUGGCUAACUAAGAACCAGUUUGACAGCCUUCGUCGUCAAAUGACGUCCUCAGUUGAGCAGAGCUCAGGCGGCCGCAAGAGGCCACACGAAAAAUCAGCGUGGUAG